AUGUAUUAUCUUCGCUUACAGAAGAACCUAUUCAGAGUUUGGCACCGAGAAAAAUUCGCGUGAAGAAUUUUACUGGUGUUCGAGAAUGGAAAGUCUUGACUCCACUCGAAGAUCUUUUUAAGGUGGCAAGCUACCGGACUCUUCCGGUUUGGAAUAAAGAUUGGAAAGUACGUGUUCAGAUCGCGUCUGGAAGCCAAGGCCUAUCAAACCCUUUUAAUAUUGCGCCAACUUCUGGUACUCAUGUUGGAAUAUCUUUUGACAAUGAAACUUUUUCUCAAAGGCUAGAUUAUGAAAAGGCAGAAUUUGUAAUUAUAUGUAAAUAUCUCGACGCAUUAUUUGGCAGUAUUAUUUGUGAUAGUGGACAAUCUCUACAGAAAAUGCAUAACUUAGAUAUUACACAUUCGACGUUGCUUCCGGAUGGACAUAUAUAUCUACAUUCUUCUCUUCCACUCUAUCCUACACAAACUUCUAUAUUAGGAAAGAAUGUAUACUUUAAAGAAUACAACAGACCUUCAAUUUUAGACUUUGAUUUGAGGUUUGACGAAAAGACAAAUCAAAUUAUCACUGAAUUGAGGAUGGUAUGGAAUUGUAGAAAUCAAGAUAUAUAUAUUAUUAAAGAAAAUGAACAAGAUAAAGUGGAGUUGGGAGUGUUUGGACCACAACUUGAUUCUGAGAAAUUUAUUGGAGAAAGGAUUAUAAUAGAUGAAAAUGAUAAUAAUCCAGGUACUUCCAACGAUGAUAACCGUCUUACCUCGGGUUUUUUCAUCAAAUUUGUCUUAUUUCAAUUCGAGCAUCACACCGGUUCAAGGCUUUCAUCAGUCAUUCAAGACAUCGUAGAUACCUACCAAAUUGAUGAGCUUUUUUCUGAUAAUGUACAAGUUUUUGGAGAAACAGAUUUAGAAAAUCCUGUUGGAGUUACCUCAUUAAAAUGGGGUAGUGUGGUUUUAGCCAAAGGACAUCCUGUAGAACAGAAGGAUGAUAGAUUUGAGUUCAGUUUGCCAUUUCGUAUGCGAUAUCAACCAGUAAACUCUGAAAGUUCGCAAAGAAGUCAUGUUGUUGCUUCGGCUCCGUGGCCUUUAAUUGUAUAUGCAUGUGAUAACGGACGAGCUCCAUUAUUUGCACCAACACCACUUCCGUUAUCUCUUCUAUUUUCGUCAACUACCGAGUUUAAAUAUAUUCUCCCCCCAAAAGAAUUUCUUCAUCGGAACAUUUGGCCUAGCGAAGUUGUUAAGAUACCUGUCGGACAGUUAGACCAUUUAAAAUUUGUUGAACGGUGGUCGAUAUUUUUUGCUUUGAUGGGAUGCGCUUGG